AUGGGAUUAUGUGGAAAAGCUGAUAAUAUAGAUAAAACAAAUGUUUAUGGAGUUAUGCCUUAUGUAGCUCCUGAAGUGUUAAGAGGAAAUUCUUACACUCAAGCAGCAGAUAUAUAUAGCUUUGGUAUGAUUAUGUAUUUUAUAGCAACGGGAAGACAACCUUUCUCCAAUCAUGCACAUGAUGAAGUUUUAGCAUUAGAUAUCUGUAAUGGAAUUAGACCUGAUAUAAAUGAUCAAGAAGCGCCGAAAUGUUAUAUUGACUUAAUGAAAUGGUGUUGGAACUCAAAUCCAGACAAUAGACCAAAUGUAGCUGAAGUACAUAAAUUGGUUGAUAUAUUUCAUUUAAAUACUUGUGGAGAACAACGAGAUUAUGAUAUUCAAGAGCAAUUCAAAAAGGCAAAUAAGUACAAAAAAUCAAAUUAUUUUUUAGAGGGGAGAAGAAAAUCAGCAAUUCAUUCACAAGCUGUUUAUACAUCUCAAUUACUUAAUUCCUUACAAAAAGUCUUCCUCAUUCUGAAUGUUUAG